UCUCAGUCACAACAAACUCACCGAGAAAGGCUGUGAGACACUGGCUUCUUUGCUCAGCUUCAGAGCUUCCCACCUGAAACACCUGGACAUGAGUUAUAAUGACCUGCUGGAUUCAGGGGUGAUAGCACUGUGUAAUGCACUGACAAACCCACAGUGUGGAUUAAAAACACUAAGGCUGUCAUUUUGUAAAGUGACACAACGUGGAGGCUCCUCGUUGGUCUCAGCUCUUGACUCGAACUACUGCAGCCUCAAAGAUCUGGACCUCAGCUUUAAUAACCUCAAUCAAGAAAUAGUCAAGCUGCUAAAUGAAAAAAAGAGAGAUACAUGCUGCAGUCUGGAAAAUGUCAAUGUGGACCACAAUGAAGAAUGUUGGGUCGAUCUGAAGCUACUGAGACAGUAUGCCUGUGACCUAACACUUGAUCCCAACACAGCAGGUGUGAAUAUUAUUUUAACCAAGGAGAAAAAAAUGGCAGAAUGUGUUCAAGAGAAGCAACCAUAUCCUGAUCAUCCAGACAGAUUUGAUCUUGAUCAGGUUCUCUGUGAAGAAGGUCUGACAAGUCGCCAUUACUGGGAGGUUGAGUGUUUACGGGCUGAUGUUGGAGUGGCAUAUAAAAGCAUUGACCGGGUGGGAGACUCUUCCUCUGAAUUUUCUUUUGGAAAAAAUGAAAAGUCUUGGUGCUGGAUGAAUGGUGGUGUUUUUAGUCAUAACAAUAACUUAACACUUUUGAAAAGUACACCAUUGAAGUGUACCAUAGGAAUGUAUCUGGACUGGCCGGCAGGUAUUUUGUCCUUCUUUAAAGUCUCUGCUGACACAGUUACUCAUCUCUACACCAUACACACAGCUUUCACUGAACCACUCCAUCCUGGUUUCUCUCUUGAUCAGUUGGGAUCAAUUUACCUUUGUAAACAAAGAAAAGAAGAAAAUUUUAGAUGAAAGGAAAGAAAGAUUAUACAGGAAAAAAAACUGGAUUGGAAGGUUUAUGAUAUCUCUUUAUAUUAUGUCGUGCUCAGCUGCAUAUAAUAAAGACAUGGUUUCAUGUCCUGCAUGCCUUCAACAACACUAAAAAUGUGGGCUCACUUUUUAGCAGACUUCAGAAGUUUGCCAGACCAAAUGUGUGGGACUCUAACGACCUAUCAAAGGCAGUAUAUGUUUAUCCCAACUGUGUUGACUGUACAUUUUGUAAAAUGUUAAACAUGACUUUUUUUAUACAUUCAUUUUUAAUGUUUCUGUUGUGCUGUGUUGUAACAUUUUUUGAAAGGUGCUGUAUAAAUAAAUGUAUUAUCUUUCUUUAAAAUUGUAUAUUUACUGAUUUGUACUCAUGUAUCUUUUCCAUUUUAUAUUUAUACACAUCCU